GGCGGCGCGCGCGGAGGGCAGAUGGAGUGGGUGCUCGCCGAAACGCUGCUGUCGCAGAGCCGGGACCCCCGGGUCCUGCUUGGGGCGCUGUGCCGCGAGGAGGCAUCCGCGGAGCGCGUGGAGACGCUGUGCUUUCUGCUGCAGCGACUCGAAGACGAGGAGGCGCGCGGCGGCCGGGGCGCGGGCGCGCUCCCGGAGGCGGCGCGCGAGGUGGCCGCAGGGUACCUGGUGCCGCUGCUGCGGGGCCUGCGCGGGCGCCCCGCGGGCGCCUCGGACCCCGGCCCGCCGGCCCGCCACCGCCGGCGCGUGCUGAGGGCGGCGGGCGCCGCCUUGCGUUCGUGCGCCCGCCUCGCCGGGGGCCCGCAGCUGGCGGCCGCCCUGGCCGAGGAGGCGCUGCGCGACCUGCUCGCCGGGGGGCCGGGCGCCGAGGCGGCCGUGGAGGUGCUGGCGGCCGUCGGGCCCUGCCUGCGGCCCCGCGAGGACGGGCCGCUGCUCGAGCGGGUGGCGCGGGCGGCCCUCGCCCUGGCGCUGGCGGCCGACGGGGACGGCGGCGAGGCCAGGCCCGCGGAGGACGCGGCGGCGCUGGCGGCCGGGCGGCUGCUGCCGGCGCUGGGCCAGUGCGGCGGGGCGGCGCUGCGCGCCGUGUGGGACGGGCUGGGCGCGGCCGCGGCGCCCCCGGGCCCGGGCCGCGUGGGGCCGCAGCUGCGGGUGCUGAGCGCCCUGGCCGAGAGGCUGCUGCCGGAGCCCGGCGCCGACCGCGGCCCGCGCACGCGCGAAGAGGGCCCGGACGCGCGGCGCUGCUGGCGCUUCUGGAGGACCGUGCAGGCGGGGCUGGCCCAGGCCCCCGACGCCCUGACGCGCAAGCGGGCGCGCUACCUGCUGCAGAGGGCGGUGGAGGUGUCGGCUGAGCUGGGGGCCCGCUGCACCUGCGGCCCCCAGGAAGGAAACGGCCCAAGUCUGUUUUGGUGGUCCGAGAAGAAAAAAGAUGAACUUCUCAAGUUUUGGGAAAACUAUAUUCUAAUCAUGGAGACUCUAGAAGGAAAUCAGAUCCAUGUUAUAAAGCCAGUUUUACCGAAGCUCAACAGUCUGUUUGAAUACGCCGUGGCCGAGGAAAACGGAAAUUGGCUCUUUCACCCAUCCUGGCACAUGUGUAUUUAUAAAAGGAUGUUUGAAAGCGAAAAUAAAAUCCUGACCAAAGAAGGUGUUAUCCAUUUUUUGGAGCUGUAUGAGACAAAGGUUCUUCCAUUUUCACCAGAAUUUUCUGAGUUUAUUAUUGGACCAUUAAUGGAUGCACUUUCAGAGAGCUCUCUAUACAGCAGGUCCCCAGGCCAGCUGAUAGGAAGUGGUUCUCCAUUGGGACUGAAAUUACAGAAGUUUUUAGUCACUUAUAUUUCUCUUCUUCCAGAAGAAAUAAAAAGCAGUUUCCUAUUAAAGUUUAUUCAGAAGAUGUCAAGCAGACAUUGGUGUGCCAUUCCCAUUUUGUUCCUGUCAAAGGCUUUGGCACAUGUCCCGAGGUGUAAAGCCCUGGGUCUGGAAGGGCUUCUGGCUCUCAGGGAUGUUCUUCAGUGCACUAUGAUCACCCAUCAGAUUCUGUUGAGAGGGGCGGCCCAGUGCUAUCUUCUUCAGACAGCCAUGAAUUUGGUAGAUGUGGAGAAGGUGUCACUUUCUGAUGUUUCAACUUUUCUCAUGUGUCUGAGACCAGAGGAGUCCUUAGGACGAGGAACCUCAUUGUGGACAGAGCUCUGUGAUUGGUUGCGUGCUAAUGAAAACUGUUUUAGGAAACCCUUAGCUUAUAGUUCCGUUGGCCCACCUGAGACCUGGUCUCUGAAUGCUUACGUGAAGAGCCUGGUUCAAGAGUAUAUUAAGUCACCUGCUUUGGAAACAGGAGAAAACUGCUUUAUGCCUGACUGGUUUGAAGCCAAGCUUGUUGCAAUGAUGGUAUUGCUGGCUGCAGAUGUGGAAGGAAUGAAGUCUCAAUAUAGUGAAAAGCGGAGAACACAGAAUGUAUUAAGGAUAUUCUUAGAUCCUCUUCUGGAAUCCCUUAUGAAGUUUGGUACAAAUGCCUACAUGCCCUUGCUGAAAACUGACAGAUGCCUGCAGUUGCUGGUGAAGUUAUUGCACACUUGCAUGUUGAAAGGUUCCAGUUCCCAAGAUGAUGAGGUGUUUACUCUUCUUCAGAACUUUGUCUUGUCCACAACGGAGAGCAUUUCCGAAUUUAUUCUCCGACGGCUUACUAUGAAUGAACUAAGUACUGUUUCAGACCUGGAUCGUUGCCAUUUAUACCUGAUGGUAUUAACUGAGCUUAUAAAUCUCCAUUUGAGAGUUGGGUGGAAAAGAGGCAACCCCAUUUGGAGAAUCAUGUCUCCUUUGAAAAAUGCAUCCAUUCGGCACCUUCAGGAGAUGGACCGUGGACAGGAGCCCACGCUGGGCACGCAGGUUCAGAGAGCCGUGAGUAUGGCUGCCCUGGCCCUGGUGUGUGAGGCCAGCGAUCGGACUCCGGAACUGCAGCCCAACCCUCUGGAGGAGGCCGGGCCUAUGGAGAGCUUCGUCUUCGCUCUCCCGCUCAACCACACGCUGCGGAAGCCCCACACAGAGGUGGAGAGCAGUCUUCGUGAAGAAUCCUCAUCUUCCCAAGGUUGGGGGAAAAUCGUUGCACGAUAUAUCCAUGAUCAGUGGGUCUGCCUGUCUUUCUUGCUGAAAAAGUAUCACACCCUGAUACCAACCGCAGAGGGCGAAAUUCCGGAACCCAUCCUGCCUGCGGUCCACAUGCCAGCGCGGACCCUGCAGUCCGCUCUCGAAGCCCUGACGGUCCUGCCUUCGGACCAGGUCUUGCCCGUGUUCCGCUGCAUGAACAUUCUGGUUCCCAAGCUUUUGACCUCCUCUGAAUCCCUCUGCGUAGAGUCUUUUGACAUGGCUUGGAAAGUUAUAUCUGCGUUAAGCAACACUCAGCUGAUAUUCUGGUCUAAUUUAAAAGCUUUUGUUCAAUUUGUUUUUAAUACCAAAGUUCUUACCAUUGCUGCAAAAAUCAAGGGCCAGGCGUACUUCAAAAUAAAAGAGAUUAUGUACAAGAUAAUUGAAAUGUCUGCUAUAAAAACUGGAGUCUUCAAUACACUGAUAAGUUAUUGCUGCAAAUCUUGGGUAUUUUCUGCUUCAGAUGUGUACCAAGUGUCUUUAUCAAGUGCUAAAAAUUACAGCGAACUUGUCUUCGAGGCAUGUAUAUUUGGAACCGUGUUUAGGCGUGAUCAAAGACUUAUUCAGGAUGUGCAGACCUACGUAGAAAAUUUAAUUUAA